AUGCAAUAUACAGUCGUUCAAUCAGUAAAUCCGCAAUUUGUCAUUCGUGACACUACAGGCGACUUCAUUCUAGGAAUUCUCGAUCAUAAAGGAACAGUUGCGUACAUUUAUCCCAAUUUGAACGAAACAAUCUUUAGUUUUACCGUAAAUGACACGUCGCCUAUCAAUCGUACUCAACCGUUCUAUCACAGUACGGGAGAUGUUACACUUCGCAUUCGUCGGGCCAACUCAACAGACUCGUAUAAAGAAUUCUCAACGACUGACGCUUAUGGAGGGGCAGCUCGUGUUGUAGAAGUGGCUGAUUCACUGAUAGCAUAUGAUAUCACUUCUCUACUAAAUCCAGGACACGGACUUAACAUUACACGAAUUUACAAGCAGUCGACGGAUCGUCAUGGAGGUUUUAUCAUUCAGGUGAAUGUGACAAAUACUCAAGCGUAUGCACAGCAGCUAGGUGCAUUGGGCAUGUCAAUGGUCUUUAACAAUGACUGGUCUGGUCUAGACCUGAAUACAACGGCACAACAUUGCAGUAUAACAGAGCCGUACAUUGGUCAAGAUAAUGCCUGGGUCAAGGUUACACGGAUAAGUGGCGAAGGGCCCACUCUAUUGGUGCUGCCAUACGGUAAUGGUGGGAUGAAUGCAUGGCGUCCGCUUCUGUCUGAUCCUACGGUCCGAUCUGCUACUUUCGAAGGUUUCUAUGAAUAUACGUUUCUAGCUGAUGCAUAUCGUAUGAACGAGUGGAAAGCCGUACCCGACGAGCGACUAUGGACACUCACAGAUUCCAUUGUGCUACAACCGGGUGCUUCUGUCAUUUAUGGGCUUCAUAUGCGAUUGCUUCCGAGUGUGCGAGAUGUCGAGAGUGGUCUUGCACAAAUGCAGAAACUUGUUGUGAAGGUCGUUCCUGGAUAUGUUGUCGGUGUUGAUAUGGGAAAUGUCACGUUGUUUGUGCUACCUGGUCGAUAUAAAAUAUCUAAAAUCAAUGUCAGCAACAGCGCUAUUAUGGAUAUUAGUAAUACUUCGGCGAUACUAACAUCUGGUUGGCAUGCGUAUCAACUGUAUCCUCGUAUUUAUGGACGUGUACGUGUCAUUGUACACUACAGUGACGAUAGCGCACUUGAAUAUCGACAGGUCGUGAGCAUGUUUGUAUUACCAUCUUUUCGUACACAUAUUCAAACAUUUGGUGAAUUCAAUGCAAAAUAUCAAUGGUAUGAUGAUCCGGCAGAUCCAUUCGGUCGAAGUCAGUCUAUUAUGCCGUACAAUUGGCAUUCGCAACAACUUAUACUUCAAGAAAGCCGCUCCUUUGUUGUCGGUCUUAGUGAUGAAUCCGGCGCAGGUCCAGGCCUUGGUUUUGCCGUCAAGAACCAGUACGCACCCGAAUCAGAUCAGGUGCAUCUGCUAGAUCUGUACAUCAAUAAUACAUUGUUCGGCAGCAAAGGCCCUAGUAAGUAUGUGCCGUUCGAGACACGUGUUCAAUGGAGAGAUUACACAGUCGUUGCUAGUACCUUUUGGUAUCCUGGUAUGCCAGGCUACAACUAUACCAUCACUGAUGGUUGGGACCAGAAGCGCGCGAACACGACGUGGCGCUCCUAUAAUUACGUACAUCCUACAGCAAUAUACUAUUCGUUAUACCGAAUCGCUCGUGACAAUCCUAACAUUACUACUCUACAAACAUGGUCGUGGUAUUUAAUGCAAGCAUAUCAAACUUAUGUAGCUAUGGUAAAAUUUGCCGCCUACUAUAGUCAAUUUGGAUUGAUGGUAGGAUCAGUUUUCUUACGCGUAUUGGAUGCUUUACGGAUUGAGGGCUAUGUCGAAGAAUUUCAAAAAAUGUUGGCCCUAGAACAAACACGAGUAUCUAUAUGGCAGUCUUUACCAUUUCCAUUCGGUUCGGAGUUCCCAUGGGACAGUACUGGUCAAGAAGAAAUUUAUCUAACAGCUCAAUACUUUGGUUUAUACAAUUUGUCCAAUAGCACAUUACAAGCCGUGUUAGCUUACACGCAUAGUAUUCCAAAUUGGGGCUAUCAUGGUGCAGCAAGACGUUUCUGGGACUAUGUAUACAAUGGCUGUGAAGAACUAAAUGAUGGAAUAGAACGAGUCUUGCACCACUAUGGUUCAGGUCUCAAUGCUCUUCCAAUAUUGCAUGCAUAUGAUUUGAAUCCGGACGACAUCUAUUUACUGGAAGUCGGUAUUGGUAGCAUAACUGGGCCGUUAACGAAUAUUCAGUUGAGUGGUGCAAGUAGUAUGGGUCUUCAUGGUGAUCCGAGGAAAUUGAUACACGAUUAUUGGGAUGCUGAUUAUGGUAUGGCGUUCUAUGGGCUGGCUUCUUUGCAAAGUGCAUACGCUGUCAAUCAUACUAUACUUGGCGAAGCCGUCUGCUAUUUGUGCGAUCUUACAUUGACAGGGGAAACUAAUGUGUGGAAUGUGACACCACGCGAUGCAUUCCAUCGUCGCGUUUAUAUUGAACCUUUAGGAACGGCAUUCUCAUUAGAUGCGGGUAUGAUUGAAUCAAUCGUCGUGAAUUGGCAUGCGCAGUCUGUUGUGAUAGUGUUGAGUGCAGUUAAAUCUCCUGUGCCAUUUACAGUUUAUCGCCUACAUGUAGAUCAUCUGGCUUCAUGUAAUGCACGUACGGCCUGUGAUCUUGUUAUAGUAUCGCCUGCUAAUCCACCUGUAGUGCGAGGUGCAUUUGAAAUAGCAGUUCAGCCGUAUCCUCAGACUAUGUCAGUCAAAUUAAAAUGGAAUGGUAAAUAUGAUUGA